ACCAUGGAAGUAACACUGUAAGAGCAAUUAUGUAGCUCAAAACUACCUUGACCUCCAGAGACAUGACCAUCAACAACCUGAUCACAUAAGAAAUUUUGCAUCUUAACAAGUCCAAGUCAAGAUUUCUUUAGUUUGAGACGUUAUUUUUAUUACUGUGCAAGACAAAUAUUUUCUAAAACUGUAGAAGAUGAUAAAUGUUGCCAGUAACAGCAAACUACUUCUCUAUAAUGUCAUUCUAUUUUUUAUUAUUUUUUUACAUAGAUCAAAAUGGGUGAUGUUGAAAAAGGCAAGAAGAUCUUUAUUCAGAAAUGUUCUUAGUGCCAUACAGUUGAAAAAGGUAGAAAGCACAAGACAGGACCAAAUCUUUGGGGUUUAUUUGGCCGCAGAACAGGAUAAACUGUUUUCCUACUCAGAGGCAAAAAAGAAGAAAGGUAAAGCUAACAUGACAUGGCGACAUGUUUGUGCCAGCGCUGCAAAAAGUAAAUGCCAGAGGAAAGACCAGGCGGGAACCGGCGGCUGCGGGCGAGCAGGUGCCCCCGAGGGCGAUGCUUACACAGCGGCCGCGGGCGGCGAGGCCGGCAUCUCGACGGCGUCCUCUUCCCGUGCUGUGACAGAGGCUGAGGGGCAGCGAUCCCCGUUCCCCAGCCCUGACAGCGUUCCAGAGGCGGACCGAGGCGCGGGCAGCUCGGAAAAGCCCCUAUGCAGCGCGUCACCCCGAGGCCCCGAUCGCCGCUUUAAUGAUGAGAUUGACAAAUUGACUGGAUACAAGACAAAAUCUCUUCUGUGCAUGCCCAUAAGAAACAGUGAUGGAGAGAUUAUUGGUGUGGCACAAGCAAUAAAUAAGACUCCCGGAGGUGCCCCCUUUUCUGAUGACGAUGAAAAAGUGAUGCAGAUGUAUCUCCCAUUCUGUGGGAUUGCCAUAUCCAAUGCCCAGCUAUUUGCAGCUUCAAGGAAGGAAUACGACAGAAGCAGGGCUUUACUGGAAGUAGUGAACGACCUCUUCGAAGAACAGACUGACUUAGAGAAGAUUGUCAAGAAAAUUAUGCAUCGGGCCCAGACUCUACUCAAGUGUGAACGGUGUUCAGUAUUACUUCUGGAAGAUAUUGAAUCCCCAGUAGUGAAAUUUACAAAGUCCUUUGAGCUGCUAUCUCCAAAAUGCAGUGCUGAUACUGAAAACAGUUUCAAAGAAGGUGUGGAGAAAUCAACAUCUUACUCUGACUGGCUAAUAAAUAACAGCAUUGCUGAACUUGUAGCUUCCACGGGUCUCCCAGUGAAUAUCAGUGAUGCCUAUCAGGAUCCUCGCUUUGAUGCUGAAGCUGACCAGAUCUCUGGCUUUCACAUAAGAUCUGUUCUCUGUGUUCCUAUAUGGAAUAGCAGCCACCAAAUAAUUGGGGUAGCUCAAGUGUUGAACAGACUCGAUGGGAAGCCCUUUGAUGAUGCUGACCAGCGACUGUUUGAGGCCUUUGUUAUUUUCUGUGGUCUGGGCAUCAACAACACAAUUAUGUAUGACCAAGUGAAGAAAUCCUGGGCAAAACAGUCUGUGGCUCUUGAUGUUUUAUCUUAUCAUGCAACGUGUUCAAAGGCAGAAGUUGAUAAAUUUAAGGCAGCAAACAUCCCUCUGGUGUCAGAGCUUGGCAUUGAUGACAUCCAUUUUGAUGACUUCUCACUCGAUGUGGAUGCCAUGAUUACUGCAGCCCUGCGGAUGUUCAUGGAACUUGGAAUGGUUCAGAAAUUUAAAAUUGACUAUGAGACGCUGUGUAGGUGGCUUUUGACAGUUAGGAAGAAUUAUCGAAUGGUUUUGUAUCACAACUGGAGACAUGCUUUCAACGUGUGCCAACUAAUGUUUGCCAUGUUAACUACAGCAGGAUUUCAAGAGAUUCUGACUGAAAUUGAAAUUUUAGCUUUGAUUGUGGGAUGCUUGUGUCAUGACCUUGACCACAGGGGAACCAACAAUGCCUUCCAAGCCAAGAGUGGAUCAGCUUUAGCUCAGCUCUACGGCACCUCUGCUACCUUGGAGCACCACCAUUUCAAUCAUGCUGUCAUGAUUCUCCAAAGUGAGGGUCACAACAUCUUUGCUAACUUGUCCUCUAAGGACUACAGUGACCUUAUGCAGCUUCUAAAGCAAUCGAUAUUGGCAACAGACCUCACUCUGUAUUUUGAGAGAAGGACAGAAUUCUUUGAACUUGUCAGUAAAGGUGGUUAUGAUUGGAAUGCUAAAAACCAUCGAGAAAUAUUUCGAUCAAUGCUAAUGACAGCCUGUGACCUUGGAGCUGUGACCAAACCGUGGGAGAUUUCAAGACAGGCAGCUGAGCUGGUAACCAGUGAGUUUUUUGAACAAGGAGAUAGAGAAAGAUCUGAACUGAAACUCAUUCCUUCAGCCAUUUUUGAUCGGAACAGGAAAGAUGAACUACCCAGGUUGCAGCUCGAGUGGAUUGAUAGCAUCUGCAUGCCAUUGUAUGAGUGUCUUGUGAAGCUGAACGUGAAACUGAAGCCUAUGCUGGACUCUGUGGCAGUAAAUAGAGGUAAAUGGGAGGAGUUGCACCAACAAAGACUUCCAUCUCAGGCAGCAUCCUCAUCCUCCUUUUCCUCUACCUUUACCAUGUCUCUCAAAGACAUAAAUUAAGCCUAAGUCAGUGUCUAUUUAUGAUUAGAGCUGUCUGAAAGGAUUUCAAAAGCUUUGGCACACUU